CCGUACCCGCUGUUGCAUACAAACAGGCCAAUCAGUGUCAUUAUCUCUCCACUUUGCUACCGCCUUGCUCUGGCAACAGCACUCCUGUCGGGAUCUAGCAAAUCUCUUCCUCUUUCUUCCCCAUCUAAUAAAUAUUUCAUCUCCUCUUCUUAUUUUCAACUUUCCUCUUCUUCUUCUCUUUCUCUAUCGCAUUCACUCACAGCCAAGGGCAUGGCAUAUCUUCAUCUUGCGCACACGUUGGCAGAUGCUUUCAACGCCCUUGCUGAUGAAGUCCAGACCUUGACAGAUCGAAAGACCGUCUUGGAGCACAAGCUUCGCUUUGCUCAUGAACAGUUCCAGUAUCUGGCUGACAAAUAUGCUCCAGCCGCGCCAGAAAUAGCUGAUACCCUGGCUAAGCUCCAGAUACCUCCGUAUACACCUGUUGAUAAUUCAUUGCCUGUCCCUCUUCCACGCGCGUACAGCUCCGGUUCCCAACACCAGCUUGCCCUCGUCAUCCGUGACGGACGCCGAGUAGCUAAUCAGCUUGCCUCGCUGGGCGAAGCGAGUAAAACCACUGGCACUGGCUCCAGCAGAGAGACCGAGUCGCAACCUUCCCACGUAGCCACUUCCAUGUCGACAGCGCUAGAACAAGACUUCACGGUCCAAGGAAAGAAGGGCCAUCUUCAAUGCCCGUUCUCCAAGCCUGCCACGGCUAGCGGCUCUGGGGUCCGCGACGAAGAUGCACAGGACACAACUCCGCAUCAUUCGACGGACCCUAUCUGCGCAGCCAUGUACGAAGAAUCUACUUCUCAGCAAGCCCGCACAAACACAAACGGCUCAUCAGCCGUCAAGUGUCCCAUUCGUUACAUGGACAAACACUCUGCUGAGGAGAUCGCCCACUAUGUUGAGACACACAAACAUGAACUCCCCCGAAGCCAUGAAGUUUGCCUCCGCCGGUACCAACGUGACGAAGAUCAAAUCAAGAAGAUAGAUUCCAAGUAUGGCGAUAUAGUGAGCAUGAUUGAAGGGCUGGGUCAGCUUCACCAACCCAUGCUACCCGAGGCUGAACAGGAUCCGAAUCGACCAAAUGAUGUGGCCCAGCCAUCUAAUGAAAGAGUUGAGAACUGGGCACAGGCUGUUAGUGUAAACUCGGACCCGGAUAACACACAGGUGCCGACUCGGGAGGAUGGAGACCGGCAGAGUCAUUUCGAUCGGCCCCUCAAGGAAGUACGUGUUGGAGAAUCGCCUAGUCGGCCUUGGGGAAUAUCUAUUCCAGUCUACGACCUCUCGGGCCAAGGCGACGACCAACCUCUCUCACCACCACCAGCGCCUGUCUGCAUGCCGAUUUCAGCUCAAGCUGCAGCCAGUGCCCAAGAAUCAAUAAAGAAGACGCCAGGCAAAUGUCCAUUUGAUCAUACAAAAUUGGCUGCCAUGGGUAUGCCCUCACCAUUCAAACAUGACACCCCCCCUCAGGUACCAGAACGCACGGUUUCAUCUUCACCUCACAAGGAGGGCGGGCCCCCUCCACCCCCUCCACAUCAACAUCAACAUCAAUACCAAUACCAACAUCAACAUACGGCACCUCCUCAACCUGCCUUCAUCAACCCUGAUAUGACCAAAGGGACAAACAACGGACCUCAAAUGAUCUUCACUGGGCCUGUUUUCAUUGGGUAUCCAAUGGACCAGGCUAUACAAUUUAUGAACCAAUAUACAGGGAACCAGUAAUUCUCAUAAUGGUGGUGUUUUCACUUUUCAGUUUUCGCAUUGGGACGAGAAUGCAUAAGCGACGGCGUUGGCGAAUUUGAUUUUAUGGGAUGCAAGCGAUGCUAUUACGGAAGUCUUUGUAAAUUUUAUUUCAACCCAUACUGAUCGAGCGGACGCAGCAGCCGCAAGUUCCAAUUGAUUGCAUGCUUUGAUUGUAGCGUAGCGAUAUCCAACAUUGGCUCUGAUGGUUUUGAAAAAGCAGUUGACUCAAACGCAUGAUCGCCCUCUAUUAUCCCAAUGACUCCCGAAUACUGGCGGCCAGGAAUCCUCCAUUACUAAGAUGUCCAAAACGCCUUCUAGUCCAUUCAAAAAUGUAUAAUCAAUAUAACCGAGCCGUGUCCCAAUAUCCGCACCUUAGUAUCGAAUGAUCUUGUCAUUACUAUUCCCAACUUGAGUCGAGCUUCCCGUUAGAAUGUGACUUCAUACCCUUUGGUUCCCCCUCUUAUUGGUGUCUCCCUCAUCCUCUUCAUCAUCAUCGUGAUAUCUGCCCUCUGUACCAUCUCUUCCCCACAGUGAAAUAUCAUCGUCCGACAUUAGCACGGCUGCAUCUUCAGGAUCCAUGAGCAUCGAGUUUUCAGAGUCUACAUAGCCAGCCUCGCCCUCCUCAGCUGAUAGACCUGUAGGUUCAAGGCCUUCUUGACGCGCGAGCUCUUCGGCGCGAGCCAUAGUACGACGGUAAAUGAUAAGGCCAACAAUAAGACCGACGGCAGCACCCAAAAUCAUGCUUAAAUAAUUGAUGGCUUUGCUACCGGCAGACAUCUUAUCGCCCUUCUCAGCUAGCAGAGCAAGACGACUGCCGAUGAAAACGUGGACGAGCAGUUUGGGGCUAAAAUCAUAUUGGCAUCAGCGAUCAGGACCAGGCAAAUACCAUUCAUUAGUGAACAUACCUUGACAAUGCCGUGGAAAUGGUAAACGCCAGAGGUGUAAUGCUAGGAAUAGUGGCGAGGAAACCAUUGCUCAGGCUGAAUGGAAGUGGACAGAAUCGGAUAGCCGUAAGAUACCAAAUUCCCUCCUGGCGCAACACUUGACCCAGAGCGACAAAGCGAUGAUCCCGACCAACCAUGCGAUCAACAUAGCCGCUUAAAACAGUCCUGCUCGCGAGGAACGCACAAAGGGCGCCAGCCGUACAUCCGGAUGCAACAAUGGGCCAGCCUAAGGGAAACCCAUACACGAAACCCGCGAUUGUGCUCGCGGUCGAGUAUCCAACAAUAGGAGGGAACGAAGUGAUGAAGACCAGCAGAAAGGCCAGAGUCCAACCUCCUGGAAGAGCGCGCCACUGCUCGGCCUUUGGCUCAAGCCAUUUGAAGAAGACAUGCGAGUAGAUGAUAGCCAAAAUGCCAAGCACACCCGCUGCGACAACGCAUACAAGGGCAAGAACCCGCUGAAGAGGUGACAGGCGCAGAUACACCUUCAGAACCUGCUCACCAAGCAGAUUGACCGAGCCCCAGAUGCGGCGCACGAAGCUCGUCUUACCACCGCCAGCAUAGCUACUACUCGCGCGACGACGAUUCAUGAGCGGGUUCGAUAAACGGCGGCUCGAGGAGGUGGCAGACCAGGGAGGACGGCUUGGCGAGGGAGAUGAGCCGCGGUCUGGAGACAGGGCGAGAGCCUGGGCGGUUGAGUUGUAAUCCGCAGGCAUCUUUAAUGAAAAGAUCUGGAGUUUCGAUUGACUGAGUUGGAGUUGGGGUUGAAUUUUGACGGGGGCUAUGUGGCCAUGUCUGUGUAUUGGGUUUCGAUAUAGGUGAGAUUCGGAACGCGCGGAUGGAAAUGAGGUUAUAGUGAGAGAUUGAGGACCUUGAGGUUAGGGUCAGGAUGGCUUUCCGGUGGUAUAGCAGAUCAGGGCCCCGAAUUCACCAGUCAACAAUCGUAUUGUCGCAUUCGAUAUCGCUCGAAGAAGAUCUAAUGGCGAUAUUGUUGAGCUGGAAUUGUCGUCGUCG